UUUAGAGGCAGCAGGCAGAGGUGCUGUUAGAGGUAAGGCGGAGAAAAGGCGCGGGACGGAAACGGUGAGUCAGGUAGUCUCGGUGAGUCAGGUAGUCUCGAUACUAUAAAGGGAUACCGCAUCACGGCGUAGGUGUGAGUUGAGGAAGUGCGGCCCGUGCCGCAGUCCGUUGUGGUCACCGCGGUCUCCGAGUCGCGGAGGAACGGUAGGAGGAGCGAGCGGGCGCCCACAGCCGUUCAGCCCUCGGCGUCCCGCCGCCAUCUCCAUCAUGCAGUCUAGGGAAGAAACCCCGCGUCCUCGCCGCCUCGCCAGUCCCCGCGGUGGGAGACGGCCCAAGAGGAUUUCCAAGCCCUCCGUGUCAGCUUUUUUCACGGGCCCAGAGGAGUUAAAGGACACAGCCCAUUCCGCAGCCCUGCUGGCACAGCUCAAGUCCUUCUACGACGCGCGACUGCUGUGCGAUGUGACCAUUGAGGUGGUGACGCCCGGCAGCGGGCCCGGCACUGGUCGCCUCUUUUCCUGCAACCGCAACGUGCUGGCCGCCGCGUGCCCCUACUUCAAGAGCAUGUUCACAGGGGGCAUGUACGAGAGCCAGCAAGCGAGCGUGACCAUGCAUGACGUGGAUGCCGAGUCCUUCGAGGUGUUGGUGGACUACUGCUACACGGGCCGCGUGUCCCUGAGCGAGGCCAACGUGCAGCGGCUGUAUGCGGCCUCAGACAUGCUUCAGCUCGAGUAUGUACGCGAAGCCUGUGCUUCUUUCUUGGCUCGCCGCCUGGACCUGGCCAACUGCACUGCCAUCCUCAAGUUUGCUGAUGCCUUUGACCAUCACAAGCUGCGAUCUCAGGCCCAGUCGUUUAUAGCUCACAACUUCAAGCAGUUGAGCAGGAUGGGUUCCGUGCGUGAGGAGACUCUAGCAGAUCUGACCCUGGUCCAGCUGCUGGCCAUCCUGCGGCUGGACAGUUUGGACAUAGAGAGUGAGAGGACCGUGUGCCAUGUGGCUGUGCAGUGGCUGGAGGCUUCUCCCAAAGAUCGAGGGCCCAGCGCUGUGGAAGUCUUCAGGUGUGUUCGCUGGGCACACUUCACUGAAAAAGAUCGGGACUACCUGGAAGGGCUGCUGACCAAGCCCAUUGUGAAGAAGUACUGUCUGGACGUUAUUGAAGGAGCCCUGCAGAUUCGCUAUGGUGACAUGUUGUACAAGUCCCUAGUGCCAAAGCCAAACAACAGCAGCAGCAGCAGCAGCUCUAUUGUAUCUGUGGCUGAAAAUCCACCUCAGAGAUUAGGUAUGUGCGCCAAGGAGAUGGUGAUUUUCUUUGGGCAUCCCAGAGAUCCUUUUCUCUGCUAUGACCCAUACUCAGGGGACAUUUAUACAAUGCCUUCACCUUUGACCACUUUGGCUCACACUAAGACUAUCACCUCCUCAGCUGUUUGUGUCUCCCCAGACCAUGACAUCUAUUUAGCUGCCCAGCCCAGGAAAGACCUGUGGUUGUAUAAACCAGCCCAAAAUAGCUGGCAGCAACUGGCUGACCGUUUGCUGUGUCGUGAGGGCAUGGAUGUGGCAUAUCUCAAUGGCUAUAUUUACAUUUUGGGUGGUCGAGACCCUAUUACUGGAGUUAAGUUGAAGGAAGUGGAAUGCUACAGUGUUCAGAGGAACCAGUGGGCUCUGGUGGCUCCUGUACCUCAUUCCUUUUAUUCCUUUGAACUAAUAGUGGUUCAGAACUAUCUUUAUGCUGUCAACAGUAAGCGCAUGCUCUGCUAUGAUCCUAGUCAUAAUAUGUGGCUGAACUGUGCAUCUCUUAAGCGAAGUGAAUUUCAGGAAGCCUGUGUCUUCAAUGAUGAGAUCUAUUGUAUUUGUGACAUCCCAGUCAUGAAGGUCUACAACCCAGCUAGGGGAGAAUGGAGACGGAUUAGUAAUAUUCCUUUAGACUCAGAGACGCACAACUACCAGAUUGUCAAUCAUGACCAAAAGUUACUGCUUAUUACUUCUACCACCCCACAAUGGAAGAAGAACCGGGUGACUGUGUAUGAAUAUGAUACUAGGGAAGACCAGUGGAUUAAUAUAGGUACCAUGUUAGGCCUUUUGCAGUUUGACUCUGGCUUCAUUUGCCUCUGUGCUCGAGUUUAUCCUUCCUGUCUUGAGCCUGGGCAGAGUUUCAUCACUGAAGAAGAUGAUGCACGAAGUGAGUCUAGUACUGAAUGGGACUUAGAUGGAUUCAGUGAGCUGGACUCUGAGUCAGGAAGUUCCAGUUCUUUUUCUGAUGAUGAAGUCUGGGUACAGGUAGCACCUCAGCGUAAUGUGCCUGAUCAACAGCAAGGUUCUUUGUAAAGAUUUUGAAAUACUAUGAUGUUUCUACUGCUGUAUGGAAUGUGUCUUUAAAAGAUAUUCUUUUUCCUGGGGAAAAAAGACCAGUUGAUUAGGAGUGUAGAUUUUGUUUAAAAAAGGGUAAUAUUUUGAAAUACUAAUAUAAUGUACAAAGUUUAAGUGGUCUCUAACAUCAACCCGUUUAAUAGUUUACUAUGCUAAAAGUCUAAAAAUAUGGAAAAAAUGAACUACGUAAUUGAUUAGGAUGCUUGGUGGGUUUUUUCUUUUUGAUUAGUUAGCAUGUUUAUGUUUUGAUUGUCCUAAUGUAGUCUGUUAAUUUUUAAAUUCUGUUUAGUGCCAUGGAGAAUUUGACUUAAAUUUGUGCGAUAAUAAACUGGGAAUUGUUGAUAGGAUUAUGAAGGUGUAUAUUUUCCUUCAGAAUAAUGAAAAUAGAUUUACAAAAUUCCUGGUUUUUAGUAUUCUAAGUUAAAUAUAGUUUGUUAAAAUUCAGUUUGCUUUUAUUUCUACAAAAAUUUGGAUACAUGUAUUAAGAUUACUUAAUAGUGACUUUAUUUUGAUAAUGUAUGACUGGCCUUACAAGGUCACAUCAAUUUUUUAAAAAUCAGGAUUCCAUUGUUUUAAAGGAAUUUCAGUUUUUGGCAUAUAAAAUAUGUAUUUGCUAAAUGUAAUCAGUUUUUCUGUUUUGAAAAAAAUCCAUUCUAAUAGUGUCACCAAUUUUAAGCACCUUUCUAAACUAAAAACCAAAUGAACUUGCUUUGUAUAAGUUCAUAUUGAUCUGUACCUGAUACAUCCUUCAUUGACUCAGACGAACAACCCUUUUUUUCACUACACAUAUACAGUAGACCCUUGACUUACAAACUCAAUUCAUUCUCAAGGGCUGGUUGUAACUCAAGUUGAUCAAGUAAAGGAUCAGGCUCCUCUACACAGCCUUCAAAGUCUGUAUACAGGCAGAUCUCAAUGUCCUUAGACAUUGGCCCAGGAUUUCUCAACCCCACUCAAGAAAGGAUGUUGUAAUGUUCCUUCCAGAACUCUUUAAGGGUUAAACCUAUAUCUGAGAACAUCUGGAAUCAUAAGCAGCCAGCAUUCAGGUCUUAACUCAAGACUUUGGUUGUAAGUUAAAACUAAAAUUCUGGUCAUAAUUCAAGUUGUUCAUAUAUCAGGCCUGUCAUAACUCAAGGGUCCACUGUAAUUAGGUAAUAAAAAUCUUUAUCCACUGGUCAUGCCUUGUCUUAAAGUUUACUUGCUCCUCUAAAGUAUUUUGGGUAUAUAGGCUUAGUGUUCAUCUUAGAUUCUUUAGCAGGAAGUGAUUUAUUCUUUACUGUUUUAGUGAAGUUGUUUUUUGGAAAUAUAAGCUAAAAACUAUAUUUUAUUGAGAUUAUUAGUUACAGUGGCUACCAACUCUAAGAUGAAGUGCCCUCAGAGAACUUUAAAACUUUAAGCUGUGUAUAGAAACUGUCGUGUAACAUUGAAACAUUGUCAGUUUUAUAAGUUACUAUAAAUGUUUUUGAUUAUCAGCUCACAGGUAUUUUUCUAUAAAAAGUUGACAAUUAAAGGUCAUAAGUGGAUAAUGGCAUUUGGGAACGAUGUGAAAAUACGUUUCCUCAAAAAUAUUACCCUAAGCAGUGUUUGUAUCUGUUUUGUGUUUGUCUAUGAAAUAUAUUCCAGUCUUUGUUUCUUUCUCCAUAUGUAAGGGAAAGUCCUGAAAUAGAGACUAAAUUAUACAAAGCUGACAGUUAAAUACAAGGUAAUAAUAUAGGUGCUUCCCUUUCAAAGGUUUAUUAAUAUAUAUGGUUGUCAUAAUGCAUGUACCUGGUAAACAGUGUACAUAUACAUAUACAGAUGUUUAUGGUGUAUAAAGUUUUCUAUACCUACAUAGAACUAUCUUCGUGAAUCUUUGUUCAGUAACAUGCUAAUUCCUUUUUAUUCUUUAGUGACAGAAUGCUAAUAUUCCUUAUACUCUAGCAGAGGAUAGAGGAAUCUGGUCCAGAUGGUGAAGUGAAUUUUUGAAUGAAAAAGAGGAAAGAAAAAAAGAUAAUAAAAAAAUUGCAACAAAUAAUGUUUUCUUCAUAAUUUUUAUUGGCCACUUGAAGAGCCUACAUUAUUUCUAGACAAAUAAGGUGCCUGCCCUAGCACUACGUAUUCCUUCAAAAGAGUAGACAUGCUACUGUGGCGUGAGGUUGGUUUUUGUUCGAUCUGCUACCAGGGAUAUUAUAAGCACUGCUUUUAAUAUAAACAGGUAUUUCUCAAAGGUGUUACAUAUGGACCAACUUUUUCUUCAUUAACUUCCAUUGUUAACUUAUAUUCUGUAAGGUUUAACCGUAACAAUGUUUAUCUCAACCAGGUUAUUUAUCUGCACAAUUAAGGUAUGUAACUAAUGUAAAAAAGACAAAUCCUUCAAUUUGUCAUUCUCAAUGUUUGAGUUAAAGCCUAGGCUAAAUAUUAUGUUGGUUUGCAGUGAAUUUUUCUUGGGAGGAUUUUGGUUUUGUGAUAUAUUUGUGAAUUAGGGAAUAGAUGUUAAAUAUUAUUUUAUAGAUAAGUGAUUUGUACAUGGUUAGUUACAAAUAAAACUGAUACUAAAUCCCAGGCUUCCUGGCUUUCUAAUUCAGUGGUUCUGCUAAAUAUAUAAAACCUUUGCCUGUGUAACAUAACCAGGAGUGCUGAAAUCCCUUCUUGACAAGAAAGUACCCUUGUCUCAGUUUUCCAAUUAAUCAGCACAUCUUGUAGCAAAUGCUUAAUAUAAUGUCAUUUCCAAUGCAGUCAUUUGUAUUUUUUAGAAUAUCUCCUGUAGUUGUUUGGGUAUCUGAAUCAUAAUUGAGAAUAUGAUGAGAGUUUGAAUCAUUCCCCAGGAAAAUAUGCAUUUAUAUUUGCUGGUUUCAAGGAAGUUCAUCCACACACCCAAGUUAAGAACACUUGUGACCAAAAAAAAAAAGAACAGUUGUGACAGAGCCUUAACACCUCUACAGGAAGGAAUUCAUAUUUUUCAUGAGAUGUAGUUCACUUGUUGACUGGCGGGGGGCGGGCGGGGGCAAAGCAGCAUACUCCUGUAAUAGAGCUAAAGAAAUAAAUGUUCACCAUCUGAAAGAUGUAAAAAUUAAUGACUACUUUAGAACAAAAAGACAUUUCUGAAAUUCAAGUUUCUUCAUGAUAAUAUAAUAUUUAAGUUACUGAAUGUAAAAGAUUUAAAGGAAGAAUAAAAUGAGCUAUGUAUAUAAAUUAUAGGCUUUGGAGCUUAAGUAUUAUACAUAUUUAAAUGGUACAGUUAUUGUCCAAGAAGGCUGUAUGUAUAUAUCGAAUUUUAAAGUAAAAUAAAUAGUUCAGAUGUUUGAUACUGUGGCUGCUUAUUAGAAAUAUAUAUAAGUGGCAAAAGUUCUUUAAUACUUAGCAAGAAAACAUGGUUGUAAGAGGGCAUCUAACCAAGAGGAAUCUAUUUAAAAUGUGUUUUAAAAAAAAAAAUGUCAAAUGUAGGGAACAGGGAAAGGGGAUGUUAGUCGAUCUCCUGUAGUGAGUCGUAGUCUCUGAGCCACGACAGCACAAAUAAAAUUAAUAUAGACAGAAAUGAGACAGAAAAAGCUGAGCUUCAGGUCUGAUCAGUGCUGCUCUGGGCAGCAAAGAGGAAAGACUCCAAGCUUGCCACACCUUUAUAUUCCCUACAUCAGGGAGUAACACAUGAUUCAGAGAGCAGGUGAUAAUCCUGAACAAUGAGGAAUUUAUGUAGAUGAAGAUUUUCUUCCUCCCCAGGAGAAAUGAGAUAGAAAAAGCUGAGCUUUGGGUCUGAUCAGUGCUACUCUGGGCACCGAAGAGGAAAGAUUCCAAGUUUGCCACACCUCUGUAUUCCCUACAUCAGGAAGUAACAUGAUUCAGAGGGCAAGUGAUAAUCCUAGAACAAUGAGGAAUUUAUGUAGAUGAAGAUUUUGUUCCUCCCCAGUGUGUUUUCAACUGGUGUAAUCCUGCUCUGAGGCAUGAAAGCAUCACCACUGAGGUUUUAGCUGUGGCCAGAGGUGAAAGUCGGAGUUCUGUCUCAACAUACCAUAGCUGGUCUAUGGGCAGGAAAACUAGGUCUAAUGAUGAUUUAAUUGUGAAAUGAUUUUCCCCCAAAAUUAUGUAGAAUUACUUGACAUUUGCUCAUCGGUGCUCAUUAAACUAGAAAUCAAUGCUUUGCCUGAUGUCAUUUUUACUAAUUUAUGCUGAAA